UAGAUAGAGAUUUCACUUGUCGUGGUCCAUUUUCUGUCUCUCUUGCAAUGAGGUAGGGAAGGAUAUUUCUACAACAAAGUUUCAUCAAUGGCGAGACAUACCCAUGUGAUCUCUUGAUUUUUCACAAGCUACCGUCCCUCAUUGCUGCACAUCUUCGCCACUCAUUUCAUAUAGCAAAACGGAUAGUAUGUCUUCACCACUCAUUCAAAGAUUUUCCAUAACCCUUGCAUCUUCUAUUUAUACACUGAUGAUUUGAGAUCAGCAAGUCAAGUUUUUUCUUGCCUUGGAUCCAAAACCUUCUCCAUUUCCCAAGUCCUUUGAAUCCUUUUCCGCUUUCUUCAACCAUAAGAAACAUGGGAUUCCGGUUGCCUGGAAUUGUCAAUGCCAAGAAAAGUCUUAUUCACUCUCUAUCUGCUUUUAAGACCUUAGAUGUCCCAAAAGGGUAUCUUGCAGUAUACGUUGGAAAGAAACAGAUGAAGAGAUUUGUGAUUCCAGUAUCAUAUUUGAACCAACCUCUGUUCCUGGAUUUGCUGAGUCAAGCUGAAGAAGAAUAUGGAUAUGAUCAUCCAAUGGGUGGUCUCACAAUUCCUUGCAGUGAGGACACCUUCCUUGAUUGCACUUCCCGCCUCAGUGUGUGA